AUGAAGAAAAUUGACCACCUCAGGUCCCUCAUCGCUGACCUCGAGACCUAUGAGCGGGAGCUGCAGGAGCGCGUACGCCAGAAAGAAGCGGAGUUGGAGUUGCUGCUGAAGCAGCUGGCACCAGUCAAGAACUCUUCCUCCUGCCUCCCUACUACAACAAAGCCAGAUGUGGUGCCCGCCUCUUCUGUGCUGCAGCUACGAAUCGCACGCGCACCUGGAGUGACGGCGUCUGGCAGGACGGUGGAAGCUUCGCCGUCUCCAUGCCUCACAGGAGAGCAACGGCGCCUCCAGCCCCCUGUUUUCGGCGCCCGUGAGCGACAGCAGAAGCAACAAAAGUUGGAUCGCUCGUCCUCCGCCGAUAUCGAUGGCGUCUCCCCUAUUUCCAGCAGCAGUGCCGCCUCGACUGACUCCGGUGGCCUCGCAGAGACAAGACGACUGCUGCUGGAGUCAGACGAGAGGACAAUUCGUCGACCGCCUCGCCGAGUUCGAUUCGCAAGUCGGAGUCCGUGCGUUGUUUCCAUGGCGGUCGAAAAACCUGCAUCUAAGAAAGAGAAUGAAAUGAAGAGAAGCAGAAAGCCUCGGCCCACGCCACUGCCAGAGUCCCCGCUGACCGUAACACACUCACAACGCUCUAGCAGCGCGAGAGGAAACACUUACAAGGAUGACAAGGCGUGCAUCAUGGAAACCUCACCGGAAACAUGCGCAGGUAUGGAGAAUCAAAAUAAUUUGGGCUCCACGGGUAUUACAGGGGUUGUUGACGACGAGCCGUGUUAUCUGCGCCGGCGGCCGAAGCAUGAGCGGUGCGUGCACAGAGAGAGUAUGAAACUCCCCAAUGUCGGUGAUACUUCAACGGCAGUGGCUCUCCCAAAUGCUUCUUCCGCAUGUGAUUCGGCUUCCUUUGGGCCACUGCAUCGGAACGAAGGUGGCGUUUGCCUGCAGAGCGAGCUGCAACAAGGGCAGCAGCAGCAGCAGCAACACCAGUAUCAACUGCAGCUGUCCAGUUACAUUCCAACAAAGCGCCCCCGCGCCUCCGUUUCGCGCAGCAUCAGCGCUGCCCGGUCACGUGAUCCUGCCGUCGCGCAGCAGGAGGGCAGAGGGGCCGGCAUCGUUGUUGCCUGUGGUCCCACUCUCUUCUUUGACUAA